CACCCCCAUCCGCCACCAAGCCACCUUUCGUAUCUCCCUAAACUACUACCUGGCGGACGCUUCAGCUUGUCACCCUUUAUCACCCACCCAUUAGACCUCGCCGUCGCAGCUUCUCUACUCGAGUCCCGCUCGGUCUGGUACCCACAGCAACCGCCCUCCUCCAUCUCUCGACGCACUAUCAACGUCGUCGCAAGCCGCCAUUAUGGUUGCCAACCCCAAAACUUACAUGCCUUCGGCGAGAGCCAUCAAGAGCGGCCCCUUCACUGUCGAGGCUCCCGGCUACGAGAAGGUCGAAGGCGAGACGAUCCCGCGCCGAAAUGUCAAGACCAAAGAUGCUCUCAAGAUGCGCCCGCGAGAGGACGUUGCCACCAUCUACGACAUCCUGAAGUAUUCCUCUGCCACCUUCGGUAAUGCCAAAGCUGUCGGCCACCGCACCAUCAUCGAUACCCACGAAGAAACGAAAAAGGUCAAGAAGAUGAUCGAUGGCAAGCAGCAGGAGGUCGACAAGAAGUGGACAUACUUUGAGCUCAGCGGUUACAAGUACAUCAGCUUCGUGGAGUUCGAGAAGCAGGUCCUGUCGCUGGGAUCUGGCCUCGCGAAGCUUGGGUUGACCAAAGAGGAGCGCCUACACAUUUUCGCUGCGACGAGCCCUCAGUGGAUCUCAAUGGCACAUGCCGCCAUAUCGCAAUCAAUGGCCAUAGUCACCGCCUACGAUACUCUAGGAGAGGAGGGUCUGAAGCACUCGAUGCAGCAAACACACGCCAAAGCCAUUUUCUUGGACCCAACAUUGCUACCAAAGCUUGUCAACCCGCUCAAAGAGGUCAAGGACAUCGAAUUCGUCAUAUACAGCACUGUCAACAAGGCCAACCAAAAGGACAUUGACACCCUGAAGAACGCUCACCCGGACCUGAAGUUCUUGAGCUUUGAUGAGCUGCUGAAGCUUGGCGAGGAGAACCCCGUUGAACCGACGCCACCGUCGCCUGAUGAUUUGUGUUGUAUUAUGUACACAUCCGGGUCAACGGGAACUCCAAAGGGUGUCAAGCUCAAGCACAGAAACGUGGUUGCUGCCAUUGCUGGUGUGGAUGUUAUUGUUGGUGAGUAUCUAGGCCCCGGAGACUCACUGCUCACAUACCUCCCUCUCGCCCAUAUCCUCGAGUUCGUCUUUGAAAAUGCUUGCCUAUACUGGGGAGGAACCAUGGGAUACGGCACAAUCAGGACCCUUUCGGAUGUCUCUGUGCGGAAAUGCAAGGGCGACAUUCGCGAGCUCAAGCCCACAAUUCUCGUUGGUGUUCCACAGGUAUGGGAGACCGUCAAGAAAGGCAUUGAGGCGAAGGUCAACGCUGGCGGUGCCAUUACUAGGAACCUCUUCUGGGGUGCUAUGGCUGCAAAGGGCUUCCUACUGGGGUCUGGGCUUCCAGGAUCCGGCCUUCUCGAUGCUGUCGUCUUCAACAAAGUGAAGGAAGCCACAGGAGGAAGGCUGCGAAUUUGCAUGAACGGAGGUGGACCAGUCGCGAAGAGCACGAUGCGAUUCAUCUCUCUGGCAAUCACUCCUAUGAUUCUCGGCUAUGGACUGACAGAAACAAGCGCAAUGGGAGCUCUGAUGGACCCGUUGUCGUGGACAGGAAGCGGCGUACUCGGCGAGAUUCCUGGCUCUAUUGAGAUGAAAUUGGUCGACUUCGCUGAUGCUGGCUACUUCUCGACAAACAAGCCCCCCCAGGGAGAAAUCUGGAUACGAGGCGGAGGUCUGAGCGACGGCUAUCUUGAUCUCGAGGAAGAAACCAAGGAGUCUUAUACCGAAGACGGCUGGUUCAAGACGGGCGACAUUGGCGAGUUUGACGCCGACGGCAACAUCAAGAUCAUUGACCGAAAGAAGAAUCUAGUCAAGACUCUUGCCGGCGAGUACAUCGCACUCGAGAAGCUCGAAUCCGUAUACCGUUCCUGCCCUGUUGUUGCCAACAUCUGCGUUUAUGCGGCUGACGACCAGAUGAAACCCAUCUGCAUCAUUGUCCCCGCAGAACCUGCUCUCAAGAAGGUGGCGUCUGAUGUUGGCGUACAAGGCGACUCGCUAGAGGAGCUGGUGCACGACAAGAAAGUCAACGCCGCUGUUCUGAAGCAGCUGCAAGCCACUGGACAGAAGGCAGGGCUGGCUGGGUUCGAGAUUGUCGCUGGUGUAGUCCUUGCCGAUGAGGAGUGGACGCCGCAAAACGGCCUCACCACCGCAGCCACCAAGAUCAACCGAAAAGGCAUCUUGAACAAGUACAAGAAGGGCGUCGACGAGGCGUAUGCUUCCAGUGGUUAGAUCCGCUCGCUGCAAGACGGAAAGACAGUCGGAGGUUUGGAUGUCGUCUUUUACUCAUUAACGGUUGCUUCAGCUCGGAGUGAUGGUUUCUGGGUUCUUUAUUUCUUGGUUUCUGUAUCAGGACCCGUGGAAAGAAAAAGCCGAUGAAAUAAUGGAUUUGCACAACCUGUAUUUUAUGCAACACUCCCCCAACCGCGUUUGAGAAUUUAAGUAAGAUCGUUUUAAUUAUAUGGAUCUUUAUGUGAGAUGUUUUUGGGAA